AAGAAAGCGGAUGUAAGAGAUAUCAGACCACCAUGCUGACGAAUCUCUCUGUAUUCCUCAUUAUGAUCACGCUGUCGUCGGUCGCGGCGCAGACAUUUCAGUACUCCCGCGGCUGGACGAACGGCAAGCGUGACGGUCGUGACGGUCGUGACAGACUCGCUGACAGGCUGGAGAAGAUGUUCACGCCGUGCCAGAUGCAGAAACUCCGAUAUCUGUUGGACGGGAAGGCUGUUACUGAGAAGCUCCUGACGCCAUGCGAGUAUUUAGAAGAGGACGGUGAGGAACCGAGACGACAGAAACUCAAGCUAGCUCAAGACUCCCUCUACGACAACAUCCAGUAAAAUCUGUUCACGCCUUGCCUGAGUUCAUUUUAUUACAUUGUAAAGUGCCAUCU